AAAGUCUACUUUCCACACACACCACACACAAACCAAACCUUUCAUCUCUAGCUUCCCAGCACAACAUUGGAGUGUCCAACAAUGGCCAUGCCUGUCUUUUCUCUCUAUUGUUUUUGCAUGUUUGUUCUGUGCUGUGACACGGUACUGAACCCUGUUUCUGCUCUGCAAAGUUGUGAUUUUCCGGCCAUUUUUAACUUCGGCGACUCGAAUUCGGACACCGGUGGAUUGCCUGCAGCCUUCAAUUGGACCAACCCACCUUAUGGAGAAACCUCCUUUCACAUGCCAGCCGGAAGAUACUCAGACGGACGGCUGAUUAUCGAUUUCAUCGCUACAAGUCUUGGCCUCCCGUUUCUGAGUGCUUAUCUCAAUUCUUUGGGGACAAACUUCACCAAUGGUGCAAAUUUCGCCACCGGAGCAUCAACCACCGCACCACCUCAUUCUGUUAUUCCGGUGGGCCGAUAUAGUCCCUUCUACUUAGAUGCACAGUACUGGCAGUUCGCACAAUUCAUAUAUAGAUCACAAAUUAUCAAGAAAACUGGAGCCAUAUACAAGAAUUUAAUGCCCGAGGAAGAAUAUUUUCAAAAAGCCUUGUACACAUUUGAUAUUGGUCAGAAUGAUCUUGAUCAUGGUUUCUCGAGUAACAUGUCCAUGGAAGAAGUGAAUGCCUCUGUUCCAGAAAUAGUCAACAGGUUCUCUACUAAUAUUAAGAACAUAUACAAGUUGGGAGCUAGAUCAUUUUGGAUCCACAACACCGGACCGAUUGGCUGCCUUCCCUAUAUCUUGGCAACUUUUCCGGCAGCUCAAAUAGACAGUGCCGGCUGCGCGAGGCCUUACAAUGAGGUAGCUCAGUACUUUAACUACAGGUUGAAGAUGGCCAUUGUUCAACUCAGGAAGGACCUUCCUCUAGCUGCAAUCACAUACGUAGAUGUGUACUCUGUCAAGUACUCCCUCUAUACCGAGCCACAAAAAUAUGGGUUUGAGCAUCUGCAUGUCGCUUGCUGUGGCUAUGGAGGGAAGUAUAACUUUAGUAGUGUGGGAAAUUGUGGAGAUACUGUCAGUGUUAAUGGCAGCAAAAUAUUCAUUGGUUCGUGUGAACGCCCCUCGGCUCGGGUAAAUUGGGAUGGAUUUCACUACACUGAGGCAGCUAACAAGUUUGUGUUUGAUAGAAUUUCCCCUGGAGAAUUCUCAGAUCCACCAAUUCCCUUGAGCAUGGCAUGUCACAGCAAAUUGGACUAAAGUUUCUCAACAUAUGGUACAAGCAUUUAUUCAGCAAUGGACAAUAUAUAUAUACAUAUACACCAAUAUGAUAUGUUGUUGUAGCUGUUCAAUAAAUGCUAUACUUAGCAUUUAACUCUGUUUUCUUCGAGUUCCGUGUACUACUACUAAAGAACCAAACCAGCCUGCUUCUUGUCAAAUAGGGAUUCUGUAUAUUGCACUUACAUAAACUUUAUUUGCCAAUACAUCAUCAGCUUAUAAAUCUUGACUCUUCCCAGAUUAGUUUCUCAGCAAAGAAUGAUUUAAGAACCUGUUCAAUUACAUUAUUUGACUCAGCAUUUGAAGUAAACAUCUAGCCUAUUGCCCAGGAUCGGCCCUUAAAAGUGUACAAAUAAGAAUCCCCUUCGUUACAUGAUUUCUUCUUCAUAUAGUUUGACACCUUUCCAAAUUGGAGGCCCCAGGCGACCGCCUGGGUCUCCUAUGCCCAGGGUCAGCCCUGGCUUUUGGACUAAUUAUCAGUAUUCUUAAAAAAUAUAUGUCUGCUUUUGUUUCAUCCAUCAAUUUCAAUGGUAGAUGGCAGUGCCUAGCUAGACUCGUUUUCAAACAACAUGAUCACCUCUAUUUUACCAAUUUCAUAUCUGUGAGGAGCAGGAUCAGGUGAUUUGGAAGCAUGGAGAAUUCUCUCUGAAGUCAGUUUGGAAUGCGUAUAGACUGCAAGGGGAGAAGUUGGACCGGCAUAGAGUGUCUAUAACAGUUUGUUUGAUCCUUCAGAAUAAGUAUAUGUCUUAUUUCUAUAAGCCAUUGUUGUUUUGCUAGUGAAGACAGCAAUGACUUAAAACUUUUUUGUGAGUGUUGAGUGUUGUUAUGCCCAAGAGAUUUGGAGGAAGUUUUUUUUGAGUA